AUGUGGCGGGGCGCGGCAGCAGCGGCGCUGCUGUACUUGGGGGCAGCCUGGUUUCAGGGCCGCGGGUUCGAUCCCCGUUUCUGGCUGCUGCUGCCCCCGACCCGGAGCCGCCUACUGAGUGUCGCCGAGCUGGCCCGGUACCGCGGGGCCGCGGGAGAACCCGGCCUCUACCUCGCCGUGCUGGGCCGCGUCUUCGAUGUGGAGCGUGGCCGCAGGCACUACGGUCCCGGCGGUGCCUACAGUGGCCUUGCAGGGAGGGAUGCCACCAGAGCAUUUGCCACCGGUGACUUCACCCAGGCUGGGCUGGUGGACGAUGUCUCAGCACUGUCACCGGGUGAGAUGCUUGCCAUCCAGAGCUGGCUCUCCUUCUACAGUGACAACUAUGAUCCUGUGGGGAAGCUGGUGGGCAGGUUCUAUGAUGAAAACGGGGCACCAACAGAAGCCUUAAGGCAGGCUGAGACUGCCAUUGAGGAAGCUCUGAAGUUCCAAGCAGAAAGUGAGAAGAGGAAGCAGCAGUUUCCACCCUGCAACUCCGAAUGGAGCUCUGCAAAGGGCAGCCGGUUCUGGUGCUCCAGACAGAGUGGGGGAGUGCCCAGGGCCUGGGCUGGUGUCCCACGGAAGCUGUACAGCCCUGGUGCCAGCGGCAGCCGCUGCGUCUGUGUCAGGACCAGCGGCCCCCCGUGGGGCCAGCCUGCCUCCAGCCAGCACAGCAACAGGGGCGACCUGGAUGACCCUCACCUGCAGGAAUAUGAUGGCUGCCACCCACAGGCCCAGCAGUGUGUCCUGACAGUGUGAGCCGAGUGCUGGAGGCCUGCAAAACAUUGCUCUGUUGGGGAGCAGCUCCAGCUUCAU